UUGUCUGCUUCGUAGCGGUAUGGAUAUAUAAAGCAACACAGCUAGUUUAUCAACUUGAAUUGUCUAAACAUGUCUCAAAUACGGUUGUUGAGGGUUUUUCUGAACGAGAGAUUAACAGCUGCUGCUGAGGAGAUAUUCGGGGUCGUUGAAAAAACGGUAGCAGAGUAUCAGGAGGAAGUUGUCCGUCUACAGAGGCUGCUCGACAUUGUUCUUCAACCUGAGAUAAACAUGCCCAGAGCAGACCUCCAGCAGCGUACUCUCUCUGUCUCUGUCUCUGAAGAGGAGGUUCCCCCUGAGCAGCAGCAGUGUGAGCAGGAGUGGAGCCCCAGUCUGGGACAGGAGGACCCAGAACCCACACAGAUUAAAGAAGAGCAGGAGGAACUCCGGAGCCGUCAGGGGGAAGAGCAGAUUCAAGGGCUUGAGGCAGAUACCAUAGAAUUCAUAUUCAAUCCCGUCUGUGUGAAAAGUGACCGUGAUGGAGACCCAACUCAGCCCUCACAUCUCUAUCAAGCCCAAAAGGAGGGAAACGGAGAGAGAGACACUCUACCCAGUACUACAACUGAAAAGAUCAAAGCAGAACCUGAUGGAGAGGACUAUAGGGAAUCAGAACCAACCAGUGUCUCUCAGCCUUUCUCUGCUGUAAAUCCAGACUGUUCUGCAGUUCAGAAUGAAAACAGUCAAAGUGUCAGUGGUAUGGAGACUGGAGGACCUCAAUCAGGUUUUAAGUCAGUCAAAUCAAAGAGAAUAGAGAUGGUAAAAGGACAAAGGUCCCGUAUCAAUACUAAGGGUAAGAAAUCUACACAGUUGUCCCUCCUGAAAUCACCCAGUCAAGGUCAUGCUACUCCUUGUUGUAAGGUGUGCGGUAAGUAUUUUCAUCACAUGGGUUCAUUAAUUAAACACGUGCAAAUUCAUACAAAGGAUGAAGAAGGUAUUUGUGGUGUGUGUGGAAAAUGUUUUCAGUCCACAGAAAGUAUGAAAGAUCACUUCCAAACUCACAUUGCAGAUAGGUUUUGUUGUCAUGUUUGUGGUAAAGGGUUCACCUUAAACAGUAAUCUAAAAAGACACAUGAGGAGCCACACAAGAGAGAAACCAUAUGGUUGUCAUUAUUGUGGCCAAGGAUUCAGCACCGGCAGCACUCUGAAUAGACACAUUAGGAUUCACACAGGGGAGAAGCCAUUUUGCUGCCCUGAUUGUGGCAAAUCAUUCACUCAGAGUGGACAUCUAAAAAUACACAUGAGGACCCACACAGGCGAGAAACCACAUAGCUGCCCUGAUUGUGGCAAAGGAUUCAGCAUUGCCAGUAAUCUGUCAGUGCACAUGAGGAUUCACACAGGAGAUAAAAGACAAAAGGAUUCAGCGCUGGCACCAAUCUGAAUGUGCACAUGAGAACUCAGGGGAGAGACCAUUCUGAUGUCCUCAUAGUAGAAUGUAUUUCCCAAUCAGGUACAUGGAAUAACACACACCAAGGAAGCAUUUUAAAUGUGUGAUACUGGCAGUAUUUUUCUAAAUGAUAGAACUCUGAUAAAGUAACAUGAAGAACAAUCACAAGAGGGAGAAAACAUGACAGUGUGCUGUUUGGGGAGAGGUCUGGAGACAGACGAUUGAGAGGCACAUUGUACAGUGCCCUCAAAAGUAUUCAUACCCCUUGACUUAUUCCACAUUUUGUUGUGUUAUAGCCUGAAUUCAUAAUGGCUUAAAUAAAAGUAAAAAAUCCCCUCAUACAUCUACACACAAUGCCCCAUAAUGAUAAAGUGAAAACUUUUUUUUUUUGAGAAUGAAAUCUUAUUUACAUAAGUAUUCACACCUGAGUCAAUACUUUGUAGAAGCACCUUUGUCGGUAUGUCUAUCUGCUUUGCACAUCUCGAUGUGGGGAUUUUCUCCCCUUCUUCCUUGCAGAUUUUCUCAAGCUCUUAAGUUAGAUGGGGAGUAGCGGUGAACAACAAGUCUUUCCACAGAUUUAAUGGGAUUCAAGUCUGGGCAUUGGCUGGGCCGCUCAAGGACUUUCAUAUUCUUGUUCUGAGGCCAUUCCAGUGUUACUUUGGCUGUAUGCUUGGGGUCAUUGUCUUGUUGGAAAGUAAAUCUUUGCCCCAGUCUAAGGUCAUUUGCACUCUGAAGCAGGUUCUCAUCAAGGAUUUGCCUAUAUUUGGCUCCAUUCAUUGUUCCAUCAUUCCUUACCAGUGUCUCAGUCCCUGCCACUGAAAAGCAUCCCCAUAGCAUGAUGCUGCCGCCACCAUGCUUCACGGUAGGGAUGGUUUUCUCCAGACAUAGUCAAUUGGAUGCACCUGAGCUCAAUUUUGAAUGUCCUAGCAAAGAGGUGUGAGUACUUAUGUAAAUUAGAUAUGGGUGUAUUUCAUUUUCAGUAAAUUUGAUUUUUUUCUAAAAACAUGUUUUCACUUUGUCGUAAGAGGGUAUUGUGUGUAGAUGGGUGAGAAUGAUUUAUUUGAUCCAUUUUGAAUUCAGGCUGUAACACAACACAAUGUGGUAUAAGUCAAGGAGAAUGAAUCCUUUCUGAAGUCCUUGUAUAUUCCACUCUUAGGUGAAUAAAAUAUGACUGAAUUACAACUUCAACAUAAGAACAAUACAUCACCCGACGCAGCCACCACUGUCUAACAGAGAGCAGUCCGUGGAUUUCUGAGCAACAAUAGUCCCUGCUCAUUAGUUAUAGGAUGACAGAAAGACAUCUGAAACUAUGUCCUCCAUCUCUACAUAAAAUGUUUUUAUCAGUAUGUUGAAAUUUGCCACAUUACAUCUGUUAAUUCCAUGGUAACUCUAUGCACAAGGACCACCUUUUAACAAUUUCCACAGAGGAUUUUACAAAAACACAUUUAUAGAAAGAACUGUGCAGAUCCAAAGUUUGGUAACAGAAUAAAACUGUGUUAUACUGUAAUUCUGUUACCAAACUUGGCAUCUGCACAGUUUUUCCAGUAAAUGUGUUUUUAUUUUAUUUACUGUGUAAAUUGUUCAAAGUAGUCAUUGUGCAUAUAGUUGUAUGGUUUGUUAAACUUAGGAAAUCAAUGGUUUUGUUUUGGCAUACAUUAUAAAGUGAAAAAAAUCAGAGUCUCAGUGUAAUUCCGUUACCAUGGAAUUGCUCUAUAAAGUAGUUUUCGCAAUAUCAGUUACUUUUGUAUAUCAGUUAGUGUCCACAGGAGCUGAAAUAAUCCUACCAUUAUUAUUACCUCUGAGCUUGAUGCCAAUAUCCACUCUGAGGGGAAAAUACAUUUCUUUUGUUUUCCAUGUUUUGACAAGCAUUAAGAAAAUUGUUGUGCUAUGCUGAAGUGGACCCAUUCAUAUACUGUAAAUGAACCUUCUGAAACAUGUUUUUUUCCUAUUCUAGAGAUUGUACAUUUUUCUGACUUUGUAUAACAGAAUAAAUGUUGAUAACACA